AUGAGUUGCUUGUAAAGUGAAAAUAUUAACUCUAAAAAGGUUGAUAACUUAUUCAAGUGGUUAAAUGAAAAUGGAGCCACUGGGUUAGAUUAGGUAGAAAUAAAACCUUCUCCAGAAUGCAAUGGAUCAAUAGGUUGCUUUGCAAAAAUAGAAUUUAAGAAAGGUGAUAUAUUAGCUAAAAUUCCUAAAAAAUGCAUUUUAGGUUUGGGUUAGGCAGUUAAGAGUCCUUUGAUAAGUAAAUUAAAUGAAUAUGCUUAAUAGGAAUAUGGAAAAAAAUUAGAUAAAUAAGUUUUUUCUAAUGAGUUUAUGCUUUGGAUUUAUGAGGGUUAGUGCUUGAUUGAAGAAAAAGACAAUCACUGGAAAGCAUACUUGGAAAGUCUACCUUCUGAAUCACCUAUUGUAUGCAGCUGGGAUAACAAUAUCUUAUAGAAAAUAUCUAAAACUAAUUUAGGAAGUGCAGUAGAAAAGGAAUUAGCUAUAUUUCAAAAAUAAAUUGAAUUUUUAUAGAGUAUUUAAUCCAAGUUUCCUGAUUUACUUCAUCCAGAAAUAACAAAAUAUAUUGAAUGGAGUAAAGGCAAUUAUUUAUCUAGAAGAUUUGUUGGUAAAUUAGCUAUUGAUGGAGAAGGUAGUGGUUUAGAGUAAUAUGGAGGAAAGAUGGGUUGCAUGGUCCCAUUCUUUGAUCUUUUAAAUCAUAAAAAUGACCAUAAAGUAAAUUUUUAGCAUGAUGAAGAAUAUGUUUGGUAUGUUUGUGAAUAUGAUAUCAAAGCAGGAGAAGAAGUCUUUAAUAAUUAUUGUAAAGCUAGUAAUGAAGAAUUACUAUUUACCUAUGGAUUUGCAGUAGAAAAUAAUUAAUUAGAUGUGUUGCCAUUAAAGUUGAUGGCUUGCGACAAGAAAGGAAAACCAAAAGAAAUCGGUGUAUUCAAAGUACAAAGAUAAAGCAAAGGAGGAAUCCCUAAGGAGUUAUUUUAGGCUAUGACUGGUGAAGAAGAUAUUUCUUAGUUGUAUCCUGAAGAAGUCGAUAUGCUUCUUAAAAUGGUUAAAUAAAAGCAAAUAGCUAUAGAAGACGCUAUUCUGUAAGUCUAAUCUCUAUUAGUCGAUGGAAAACCCACUGAUGUUAAGAUAGAAUACUUAAUACAUUACUUAAAUGGCUAAUAAGAAAUAAUAACUGAAUCAAUCACUUAAUUAAAAAGCAUUUAAUUUGAAGAAGAUGAAUAGUAUGAGUAUCAUUGA